UAGAGUCAGCGUUACAGGCUUGAGCCCUUCAUCAGGAAUGUGUAUAAAGGGGCCUCAGCGUCCUUCCACACUAGUCAAUGCCAGUUGUCAGACAGGUGCAGCAAGCAAUGAGCAAGUCAAGUGGUAUAUUAGCAAGAGGAAUUGAGUUCAGAAGUGGGGAGUCUUCCUGCAGUUAUGGGAUCAUUGAAUAUAUUCAAGGCUGAGUUCAUCUGAUUUUGGAACAACAAAGAAGUGGAUAUUUAUGGGGGAAGACUAUCUGAAGACAAAAGUUUCAAAGUCAACAGAUAAAGGGCUUAUGCCCAAAAUGUUGAUUCUUCUGCUUCUCUGAUGCUGCUUGCCUUACUGCGCUUUUCCAGCGACGCAUUUUUUGAUUCUGACUCUCCAGCGUCUCCAGUCCUCACUUUCACAUCAAUGUCUGACAGUCACUCAGUCCAUCAGGACCGCAACAAUUUUCAACUGAUUCUGUGAGAAGGAGCAACGCGUUCUCUUUGGUUCCUGUUUGAGUACGGGGGGACUGGUUGAAAGACUCUACUGUUGCAGCGCAGUGUGUGUGGAGCCUGAAACAACUCUACUGCGUGGAAAGAGGAAUUCACUGCGGGGUUGUACACGUGUGUGUGUGUGUGUGUGUGCAGCUGAAGCUUCAGCCAUGGAGAAACCUGAGGAAACACGCCCCGUUGAGAAACCAUGGAAGUGUGGUGACUGUGGGAAGGGCUUCUGUGUCCCACCUGUCCUAGCGGCUCAUCAGUGCAAUCACACUGGGGAGAGGCCGUUCUCCUGCCCCGAGCAGGCGAAGGGCUUUACUUGCUCCUGUGUCCUGCUGGCCUACCAGCAAAUACAGACUGGUGAGAGGACGUUUUACUGCUCCAUGUGCGGGAAAGGGUUCACUUGGGUGGACAACUUCCAGACCCACCAGCGAUUCCACGCAGGGGAGAGGCUCUUCAGUUGCCAUGAGUGUGGGAAAGCCUUCAGCAAUUCCUCCGACCUGCUGAAGCACCGGCGAGUCCACACGGGGGAGAAGCCAUUCAGCUGCCCCGAAUGCGGGAAGGCCUUCAGCGACUCCUCCAACCUGCUGAGGCACCGGCGGGUCCACACGGGGGAGAGGCCCUUCAGCUGCCCAGAGUGUGGGAAGGCCUUCAGCAAUUCCUCCAACCUGCUGGCCCAUCAGCAGGUCCACACAGGGGAGAGGCCCUUCAGCUGCCCAGAAUGCGGAAAGGCCUUCAGUAAAUCCUCCAACCUGCUGGCCCAUCAGCGGGUUCACACGGGUGAGAGGCCCUUCAGCUGCUCAGAGUGCGGGAAGGCCUUCAGCAAUUCCUCCGACCUGCUGAGACAUCGGCGAAUCCACACGGGGGAGAGGCCUUUCGCCUGCCCAGAGUGUGGUAAGGCCUUCAGCAAUUCCUCUGACCUGUUAUCCCACCGGCGGGUCCAUACCAGGGAAAGGCCAUUCAGCUGCCCCGAGUGCGGGAAGGGGUUCACCCGCUCCUCCAAACUGCUGGCCCACCAAUGGGUCCACACCGGGGAGAGGCCGUUUGCCUGCCCCGACUGCGGGCGGAGGUUCACAUUGUCCUGCAACUUGCGGAGGCACCAGCAGGGGCACAAGUGCAUCCAACAAUCAGAUUCCACCAGUGAUGCUGCAGUGGGUCACCCCCAAAGCUGAACCUCCUGCCUAUUCUGACAGUGGGUGCAGUGGGCUUUUGUUGUUUUGUGCUGGACUCACCCUCUUCCCCCCCCCCCCCCAACACCACCUCCCAAGCCCACCUAUGUGGCUCAGGGGUGGCAUGGUGACUCAGUGGUUAGUACCACUACCUCAUGAUGUUGACCUGGGUUCAAUUGCAUCCUCAGGGUGACAGUCUGUGUGUAGCUUUCACAAUGCCCCCCACAUCUGUAGGGGUUACCUCUGAGUGCUCUGGUUUCCUUCCCCUGGUCUAAAGGUGUGCAGGUUAGGAUGGAUUGGCCCAUCUAAAUUGUCCCAUAGUGUUCAGGGAUGUGCAGGUGUGGUGCAUUAGUUGGGGUAAAUGUAGAGGAAUAGGGAUAGGGGAAUGGGUCUGGCUGGGUUACUCUGCAGAGGGCCAGUGUGGACUUGUUGGGCCAAAGGACCUGUUUCCAUAAUGUAGGGAAUCUAAUCUUCAAAAAAAUUCCUCCAAGCGAUACUGAUAAAAUAUGCCGAGUUGGACAAAGUAUCCCAUCAAGUUUGAGACAAACCCAGAGUUGAAGAAGUCGGAAGUCACACAACACCAUGUUACAGUGCGAAAGGUUUAUUUGAAAUCACAAGCUUUAGGAGCAUUGCUCUUUCAUGAGUGCUGCUCCUUCAUCAGGUGCCGUGUGACUUCUGACCUUGUCCACCCCAAUUCAACACCAGCACCUCUGCAUCACAGUUGACAAAUGAGAUUGGAUUUUAUUCGGCCUGAUUUAGUGAAAUGUUCAUUUGGAAACUCAAAACUGUCGGACCUACAAAGAGACGCGAAUCAUAGAGUCCUACAGCAGGAGACAGGCCCUUCUGCCCAACAUGGUCCAUGCUGACCAAACUGUCCAUCAACACUCAGCCCAUUUCCCUGCACUUGGCCCAUUUCCUUUCAUACCUUUCCAAUCCACGUAUUUGUCCAAAUGCCUUUUAAAUGUUGUUAAUGUACCCACCUCAACCACUUCCGCUGGCAUCUCAUUCCAUAUGUGUACCACCGUCUGUGUAAAAACAAAAGUUGCCCCUCACAUUCCCUGUUAUUCUUUUUCCUCUAACCUUAAACUGAUGCCCGCUAGCCCUCACUUCCCCAACCCGGGGUAAAAGUGAGUGCAUUCACCCCCUCCAUGCGUCUCACGAUCUCUUCACUUCUCUAAGGGCCUCUCUCAGUCUCUAAUGCUCUAAAUAAAAAUAUCUUAGCUUGUCUAACCUCUCCCUUUUACACAGACCCUUGAGUCCUGGCAACAUCCUUGUAUAUGUCUUCAGCACUCUUCCAAGUUUAAUAACAUAUUUGUUAUAGACACUGCCCUGUCUACCUAUUUUGUUGGAAAUAUAGGACCUAAUCCAAACAGGAUAAUCUGGCUGAUGGGACAGGAAACCACUUCCUUUCUUGAGAGACAGUCUCCUGGAGAGAACUGGCUGGCUGACUGAGUCCACACAUUUGCCUAAGGUGGUGCUCGAAACCUUUAUCAUCUUUGGGAUGGAUCCCCGUUCAUUCAGUGCUUUGGAGUCAUGCAUCCUGGAACAGACCCUUCAAACCAGCCAGUCCAUGAUCCCCAACUAAACCCGUGCCACCCAUCUGCUCCUGGCCUGUUAACAGUUUGUUAAUAGUUUUGUUCAUUUGUUCACCGUGAGAGUUGGAUAAAUAAAUUGCUGAUUGUUGAUUUUAAAGUGUUGGGGAUUUACUCUUAUCACUAGAACAAGUUACACCACUUUUCAUGCUAAUUUUACAGAUUAUUGGGUGACACGCUCCUCUGGGUGUUUCUGUUUGAGAAAGGUGGUGCUGUCAGCCUUCGCUUUAUAAGGGUAUUGACGUGAUGUACUGCUGAAUGCAAUGGAGUCAACAUGAAUCCCAGCCUCUCACUGUGGUUGUGGGUGAAUCGCCUUAAUUUGGCUCUUAACUCAGAAACUGCACACAAUAAACUGCUGAAACAAUCAUUUACACUUUAUUGUAUGUAGCAACCAAAAAUAAAACUCCUCAAGUAACCAAGUUCAACCUCACUCACAACUUGGCUAUCACCCAAUUGAUGGCAGAAUUUAACUGAGUUUCCACCGACAGUAUCUGUCUCUGGAAGUGUCCAGGGAUUCACUGCAGUGUUGUUCUUCCAAGUA